ACUAGAAGAAAAAAGACUAGAAGAAACGGAAGAUGUUGAGGUAUUAGGACAAGAAGGAAGACCGGAAGAAACAGAAGUGGAAGUAUUUGAAGAAAAAGGACUAGAAGAAACGGAAGAUGUUGAAGUAUUAAGACAAGAAGGAACACUAGAAGAAACAACAGAAGUGGAAGUAUUUGAAGAAAAAGGAUUAGAAGAAGCGGAAGAUGUUGAGGAAUUAAGACAAGAAGGAAGACUGGAAGAAACAACAGGAGUGGAAGUAUUUGAAGAGGAAAAAGGACUAGAAGAAACGGAAGAUGUUGAAGUACUUGAGCAAGAACAAUGGCUAGAAGGGGCAACAAAGUUAGAUGAAAUAAGGCACGUGGUGUUUGAAGUGGAAAAGUCAGCAUUGACGCGAGAUGAAGAUGGUACACUGGAAGAGGUAGGAUGA